AUGUCGUACGCAGCCCAAACGCCGGUGUACCAGUUCCCAAGUAAUCCCGUUCCACCGAGCGCCUACGCGUACCCGGUCCAACCUGAAAGCACGCUGGUGUUACCGGCAGCUGAAACGCCUGCCGCACCGGAUGCGUCGUUCGUGAACUCGCGCGUGGCGUCACAGGCCGUCGAGCAGCUCGUGUCGGCACAGCUACGCGUUGCGGGCUUCAAGUCGGCGGAACCCGCAGCGCUCCGGCGCUUGGAGGGCGAAGUCAUCGCAUUUGUAGAGAGGUUGUAUGAGGAAGCGCACAACUAUGCCAACCUCGCCAACAGGUCGGGCCCUCUGGUCACCGACUUGAUGAAGGCUUGUGGCGAGAAGAGUCUGGAACCCAAGGACCUCCACGUCUGUGCUGUAAAGUCGGCUCGGAAGAUGGAACGUGUCUGGACGCUCUGUUUUCCGACAGGCCUCGGUAUACGCAGCGGAUCCCUUACUACACUACUUCCACCGCCGCCCGAGGAGCCUCAGCCAGAGAUGCUGGGGUCAGAUGACGAAGAGGCCCCGAAGGUGCCGGCCACGCUCCGGGCGAUGCCACACCCACUACCAUCCUUACCCCCCAAGCAUACAUAUUUGAAGACACCCAUCGCACCACCGAGAAAGACAGCCAUACCAUCGUUAGAAAAGAAGCUCAAGACCGCCGGCUUGGUUCAGGAUUCCCUCAAGAACCUAUUAUUGGCCACGGAAGAUACCACUGGCCAAGAGGACGGGGAACUCUUCGGUCACAUCGUCAACUGGGAGGCGACGACGCACCCACGGAAGCGCUGGAAAUUGGAUUCGGGAUCGUCCCGGUGGGGCAGGAUGGAGAGCUGA